CCCCAUGCGCAUGCGUGACACAUCACGAGACGCAAAAUCUGAGGGGAUGACGGUUAAUGUAGUUGAAAGAAAGGAAAUCCACUACCCAAAAUGCACUAGCAUUUAGGAUAUACCAGGCGGGGAAUAAGAAAAGUGACACCAUGCGUGAAUGCACCCUGCGAUAAUUGUCAGGUUUAAGAAAUAGAAGCAGAGGAACAGGUUGUGUAAACAUAACAGGUGGCAACUGAAUAUUUUGGGAUUUAGUGAGAGAGCUGAUGAGUUCAAGUAUGUUUUGGUGAAGACGGGACCGCGGAUUCGGCCCUCACGCGGGCGUCUAAGCUAACUGUCGUGUUAGCUGUGAUGUUUUCAGAAGUGAGCUAAGCCCACAUAACCGAUUGGUGUUGACACCGUGCCUUUUAAAAGAAAAUGUCUAGCUUUAACUUUGGUUCGGGAACUCUUGGGUCCACCAACACAGGUGGAGGAUUCGCAUUUGGGGCCGCAACCAGUGCUCCUGCGGCCAAUACCGGUGGCUUUUCUUUUGGUACACCUUUGGGUACAGCAAGUGCAACCCCCAGUACCAGCACCAGCACCCCGUCUCUUGGCCUAGGAGGCAGUCUUUUUGCUCAGAAACCUGCUGGAGGAUUCUCCUUCAAUACACCUGCCUCAAGUGCUGCUGCGCCCACUACAGGCCUCACAUUAGGUGCCCCAGCCAAUACAGCUGCCACCACUGGCUUUAGCUUGGCUUUCAACAAGCCCACAGCCUCAGCUACGCCGUUCUCCCUCACAGCUACUAGCACCUCUUCGACAGCCGCUGCUGGGACAGGCUUGACGUUUGGCUCUGUCCUGACCUCCACUGCUCCACAGCAGCCUACAGCCACUGGCUUUGCCCUCGGUCUCGGCGGAACUACGACCACCACCACGGCAGCCUUAACAGGUCCAUCACUAGGCAGCAGUCUCUUCUCCAGCACUGUGCCUACAGGUCUGAGUCAGACUACUCUUGGUGCAGGAGGCGGGUUAUCGUUCGGUUCUCUGCUGGCAACCUCGACAGCGUCAUCAGCAGCUCCUGCUCAGAGUAUCGGCCUGGGUGGAGUCGACUUCAGCACUUCCUCUGAGAAUAAGAGCGACACAUCAUCUGGAGCCAAUGCGCAGGACAGCAAAGCUCUAAAAGAUGAGAACCUGCCCCCAGUUAUUUGUCAGGAUGUUGAAAAUUUUCAAAAAUUUGUGAAAGAGCAAAAACAAGUUCAGGAGGAUAUAAGCAGAAUGUCAUCAAAAGCCAUUUCUAAAGUCCAAGAUGACAUCAAGAGCCUCAAACAGCUUCUGUCCGUCAGCGCCAGCGGUCUGCAGCGCCAAGCUUUGGCCAUCGACAAACUGAAACUGGAGACGGCACAGGAGUUGAAAAAUGCUGACAUAGCACUUCGUACACAAAAGACCCCCCCUGGACUUCAGCACGAGAAUACGGCUCCAUCAGAUUAUUUCCAUAGCCUGGUAGAGCAAUUCGAGGUGCAGCUUCAGCAGUACCGGCAGCAGAUAGAGGAGCUGGAGAACCACCUGACAACCCAAAGCAGCGGCUCUCACAUCACUCCUCAGGAUCUGACCUUGGCCAUGCAGAAGUUGUAUCAAACAUUUGUCGCACAGGCCGCCCAGCUCCAGUCUGUCCAUGAGAAUGUCAAGAUUUUGAAGCAUCAGUACCUCUCCUACCGCAGAGCCUUCCUGGAAGACUCCACGGAUGUGUUUGAGUCCAAACGGGUGUCUAACAGGAAAUGGCAGAGCACGCCGCGAGUCACUACUGGGCCUGCUCCGUUCUCCAGUGUGCCCAAUGCUGCAGCUGUGGCCAUGGCAGCCACAUUGACCCAGCAACAGCAGCCAACUCCAGGGACCCAGGCGCCUCUGGGGGCAGGGUUUGGAAACCCCUUUGCCUCAGCAUUGGGCACUAGCUUGGGCUCUUCUACCCUGGGAGGUUUUGGUGGUGGGCCAGGAUUUGGUGGGGUGGGGACUGGGGGGUCUUCUUUUGCCUUCUCUUCCACCAAUAAGCCCACAGGAGGCAGUCUGAGUGCAGGUUUUGGUAGCACCAACAGCUCAGGCUUCAACUUCAGCAACCCUGGCAUCAACCCCUCUGCCGGCCUGACAUUUGGCGUGUCUAACCCACCUCCUGGAGGCUUUGCCACAGCAGCACCCUUACUCCAGUUGAAGAAGCCCCCAGCUGGUAACAAAAGGGGCAAGAGAUAGAAACGGGAAAUGAUAGACGCAUGUUACUGAGCAGCUGACCAGCUAUGGGUUUGUAGCAAGUACAGCUUGAUCUCCCAAAAGCAUAGAAGACGAUGCUAAAAUGACCAUUACCCAACCAAAACGGAGGAAAUAUGCUAUUCUGAAUUGUCCAGUCUUCUACAUGCAUUUCUUUUUAAUUUACCCACAUUCACGUUUUCCUGUUGGAUCCAACUCUGCAGAGGGAUUAGACUACAGAAAUUAGAGCAGAAGUACACGAGUGACUCUGUUUUUAGCAGUGAUUACUUUUGCCUUUGGUAAAGAAGGGAGGACCCAAAUCAAUACAGUAGGCAGCGGCAUGUAAAGAUAGGAUAAAAUAGCAUUUAUAUCAUUUUAAGCAUGGAUUUAGCUCAUUUGCAUUGCUUCAGAAUGUUUUUCUUUCUGCACACUUUGGUCUGUGGUGCUACAAUGCUUUUGGGAUUGUUGGCUCACUUGCAAAUUGCUCAGUUACUGGUGAGAAAUUGCUUAAGCCAGAACAUUUUAUAAGACAACGUUUUUUCCGUUUGUUUUUUUUAAUGCUUUGAAAUGGUUCUGCUGUGCUCCACAAACUGUCAAUCACAGAAAUGCACUCGAGCGCUUCCCAAAUGAUCACGUGGCCCAAGGUUCGUCCAGGAAACGAUCAGAUAAGAUUUAUGGAGCAAUGUUUGUGGCAGAGUUCCCGUCUGAAGUAUCAAAGGAGUGUAAUAUUACAUCCUAGAUAGUUUUAUAGGCUCCGGAGCGUCCAGGGUUGUUGUUUUGUUUUUGUUUUUUUGAGAAGCACAGUUUUAUUUUUAUAUCAAGUAGAGAAAGAUAUGAGAUUUGAGAGGUAAAAGUGGACUAGAACCUUGAGCUGGCCCAUUAUCUAGCUCAUGUAACCUGUGUUUUGUUUUUUUUCUUUUGCUACUCCAUCCUCAUUAAUUACUUUUAGACACAUUAUGGUUUUUGGUGUUUUGCCCCUGUGUACUGUUGCAAGAACUUGAGAUUCGAAACUCUGUGCUCUUCGUAUUACAUGAGUUCAUUAGAUGUUAAGUUGGUUGAAUUUGAAAGGGAUUUCAUAUGCAUAUUGUACCUGCUCAGUUUCUACAUGUGCUAGAACAAAUCUGCACUUUCCAGUGUAUGUGACCUGACGGUGAUUGUGUGAAUGUGCAUGUGUUUCUGUCACACAAGUAUGAAAUUGUCUCUCUGGUCUGAUCAUAUUUCCUUUGAGUACUGGGGCUGGUCGGGGGUCAGAUAUUCUGCUUUUUUUUUUUUGUUUGUUUUUUAAAUUGUCCAUGUUGUUGUUAUUAUUUUCUAAUCACAGUCUGUGGAAUCCUGAAUUUUCUAGAAGCUGUUUAAUAAUAAAAUCUCCAAUAUGAUGUUUUGCCUGUUUGUGGCAUCACUUCAAUAAAUGUGUGUUGACA